CUGCUGCUUCUUUACGCCCAGCCGCCGGCCGAUCGAGUCGCGGCCGUUACGCGACGAUCCACCGGUCUUCUUGGACGCAAAGCGCACCUGCUGGCACAGCGACUGGAACUGCGUGUGGGAAUUAACUUCGGCGAGAACGCUCCGGAACAUUUUUGUUGUUUUUGGUACUGAGAAAGUGAAUCGAAUUUCGAGGGCUGCAGAGUUAGAGAAAUUCGCGACCCAGCAGUCAAAAGCAGUUGGAGGUUUUUUUACUAUCAGCAAAGCCACCAUGAUCAGCGGUCUUGAUCACCGACUGCACCCAUAUGAUUAGAUUUUGGACUGCGCAUUCUGAAUAACGGGCAAUAUCCGACACCACUGCCUGCCAGCUCUCUACACAUCUCUCUACUCCUCCGCUCUAGAUAUUUCUGUACUCACACUACCCCCAGCAAUGGCCGAAGCCGAUACUCCCAAUGAGCCUAUUCUAUUCACGGCACGGCUCAACAACGUGCGUCCGCUAGUCAACCUGCUGCGCACAAUUAGCUUUCGCCCGCGCACGCUCUGCGCAAUAAACCAGAGCGGCAUGAUGUUCUCUGUCGAAGACUCGCAAUGUGUUGUGGCCCAGGCAUAUUUGCGUCCAACCCUAUUCGCAGCAUUCAGCUAUAACUUUGCUGCAGCGCCCAACAAUGCCAAUGCUGCUAUUGCCGGCGACAGCAACGGCAAUGACAACGACGAGAUGGAAACCGAUGAUGUUGCCAGCGAAAUCACCCAGGUCUCACUUCCCCUCGACAACCUUAUAGAGUGCCUGACACUCUUUUACGGGCCUUCUGGCAGCACCUCUCACAGUAACCAGCCCGGCCCUAUGGUGUCCAACCUGUCGGCAAACAACCCUUUAGAUCUGCGCGGCGCUACGACGGUUCAAAUCGGGUACAAGGGCGAAGGCAAUGAUUUCGAAAUGAUGCUUGAGGAACGUGGCACAAUCUCUGUAUGUCGUCUGGCUACAUUCGUGCCGGAACAGCCGGUAGACCUUGAGUUUUCUCGGCACCCGGUAAUUCAGCAACUUACCAUACGCUCAGAAUGGCUGCGGGAUGCCUUCAAUGAGCUUGAUCCAACCAGCGAGUCGGUGACCAUUGGGAUCGCCAGCACGGCACCAUACUUCCGCAUCGCCACUGUAGGAGAAAACGGCAGCACGGAGAUGACGUAUUCACAAGAGAAUCAGAUCCUGGAUGCGUUCUUUUGCAGUGAGGAGCAAGAGAAUCGCUACAAGCUGCCGCUAAUCCUUAAAUGCCGCCAAGCGCUGGCUCUGUCGGACAAGACCAAGAUCAAAGUCAACCAGCGUGGGUUCUUGACGCUACAGUUCAUGAUUCCGACCGAUGUGGAUGUCUCGUUCGUCGACUUUGUGUUUGCACCCCUUGUCCAUGCCGAUGAAACUAUUAGCUAGAUUGCAUGUAUUGUCGCAAUUCAUGUCGACCAUUGCGGAGUUAGAUGGUGACGA